AAACAUUAUUUGACAUGACCACUAUCAUAAAGGUUAAAUACGUUGAAUAUUUAUCAAAUGACGAUGACGCUGGACAUCUAGAAGUCACAGCUGUAGACAGAGAAGUACUGGUGAAUAUAAAUUGUCCAAUUAGAAUGAUACUCAAUUACAUAAGAAAAGUCGCACGUGUGAAUGGCGAGUUCGAUUUGUGCGAUGAAAUAAAUUGUCAUCCGAAGAGUACAUCUUUUUAUGAACCUUGUACACGUGGAACAGAUAUUCUUCAACCAGAUUUAACAUAUUUUAUCAUUACUUUCGAACGAGAUGAAAAUGGACAAAUGAUAAACCUUACCCCGCUUUUAACCGGAAAAGCGGCCAAGAGAUUUUGCGAUAUUUUCUCGAAAAUCCAAAGACCAUCACAAAAAGCUUCCGUUAAAUCUGUACUCAAAAAGUAUAAUAAUGCAUAAUAAAUCUAAUGAAUAAAGAAUGUUACUUUACAAUCACAAUUGUACUAAAAUGCAUGUGUUUAGAUAGUGUUAAUUUUUGAAAAAAUAGAUGUGUGGAUGUCAUGUAUCAAAUAUGUUUGUAAAGAGUAAGUUAUAGUGGUGUAAGUUACUUAAUUAUGUAUGAUUUCAAGAAACAAAAGGUUUUUUCGACAUAUUUACUUCAGUAGACUAAUUCAAGUCAAGACUUCAAGUCGAAAUUUAAACAAAGUGACUUAAAACGGGUAAAUAAUGGUAUAGCACUAUCAUUUUCAGCCUUCCAUACAUACACAAUCAAUUUGUCAUACACCAAUGAAAAUAUAUUAUGAAAAUUGAGAAAUUUAUUACACACAUAUUUAGAGAGCUAUACUAAAAAUAUAUUA